ACCUGCCACGCAUUUAGUUUGAUGAUGACUAGUGUACAAAGAAACAAACUGCUGUGUUUCUGAGCCUCAAAUUUAACACCAGAAUUACGUUAAGACGCAUCAAAAACCGGUGGUUUUCAGCGAAGGGAGAACACAACUUAGAGGCAAGCAUUUAGGCACUUCUGGGUCGAAAUUACUCUCCAUAUUCGUUUAGAAGGAAAUCUCUCAAGUCAUAAGGCCAUAGACUUGGAAUUUUUCUGAAAAAAGAGUCACUGGGUCCAAAGUCAAUUCCAAGAACAAGAAAUGCUUCGGCAAGUGAUUUUUCCGGUGAUUUGGCGGAGGAUCAAGUCUUACGCGGAUCAAGUUGAAGAUUUAAGAAGACACUGCUCUCCACACUGCAAAUCUAUUUUCGCACAUUUUCUUUACUUCAGCACGUUUUUCAUGUUUGGGAUGUCAGUGGGAAUGGCUGGACCAACGCUAACGGAUUAUUUGAUAUCGUUUUUUACAAAUAUUGACAUACUCGAUGCAUUGAGUUGGCUUUUAUUUACACAAUCUACUUUUCGCUUUGUGGGCGCCAUUGUUGCAGGUACCCUUGUUGACAGAUAUGACUUCAAUCGUAACCUUCUCCUUUUGUGUUUUCUGCUACUGAACGCGAUUUUCCUGGCUGUGAUUCCAAUAUGUCGGACGUUGUGGCUUCUGAUCUUAUCAACAGCAGCUGCAGGCUUUUCUGUAGGAAUCUUGGAUACUGCUACAAAUGUUCAACUCAUUGCAAUUCAUGGGAAAAAGGUUUCUCCAUAUCUACAGGCUCUGUACUUCUCAUACGGUUUUGGCGCGUUUGUGAGCCCGCUUAUCGCAGAGCCCUUUCUCAGCGGAAGCCCCCAUCCAGAUAUUGGGCUGCCGGCGGCCAAAAGGGGGAAUCCGCUGCCCUACGGUGGGAUGGGACAUCGCAGUCAUCAUAAGUUAUCCCACAGACCAACCAACCAUAUGAGAGACACAUUUAACUCUGGAUCUGAGGAAUACAAAAGCGAGGUCGAAGUUGCCUACUGGAUUAUAGCUUUAGCACAUUUGCCAGUGGUGGUGGGCCUUGCAUAUAUUGUCAUAGCGGACAAGUGGGCGGAGCAUAAGUUGAGACAAGCAGCUGCCAAGGCCAAGGCAGAAAAAGAGCGCAGAAGCUCGGAUAUCCCGGAUGCGGAAAUACAAGGGGUUACGACGAAAGUUCACCUCGACAAAGAGACUCUCAAGAAACCAAGUCUAUGCGAUAAUCCAAACAAAACACAAGUUCUUUGCAUUACAUUUUGGACUUCAUUUCUAGUUUUUCUUUACGAUGGAAUGCAGGGGUCCUAUGGGGGAUAUGUUUAUACCUAUGCAGUGAAGAGCUCAUUACGAAUGACGUCAGCCCAGGGUGCUUUUCUAACUUCUGUGUUUUGGGGGUCUCUGGCACUGGGUCGUCUUGUAUCAAUACCUAUAGCUUUGUUUUUGUCUCCAGCUGUCAUGCUUCUGGUGGAUUUGAUUGGCUGUUUAGUUUCAAGUUUAUUAAUGUUGGUCUUCAGAGCGAGCGAGUCUGCACUUUGGAUGGGAACUAGUACUUUUGGUCUUUUUAUGAGCAACGUCUUUCCUACAAGUGUGGCAUUAGCAGAGCAGUAUUUUAACGUCACAGGUACGGUGACAUGCAUGUUUGUGGUUAGUGCAGCUAUAGGAGAGAUGAUAAUUCCGCUCAUUGUGGGCAAAGUUUUUGACUACGUUGGUCCAAUGAGCUUUUUAGCCGAGGGGUGCAUCCUGUGUUUCGCAGCAUUUGGAGCUUACUUAGCUGUACUCAUAAUAGGAAAAGGAGCGGCUACUCACGAGAUCUCCAGGAGAGAAGUGCUCGGAGAAGGAAAAGAUGACAGUGAGGAAGAUGAAGGAAAGCCUGUACGGGACACAGAACAAGAUUCUGAUCAACCCAGUUUUAAAGAUAAAUCACCAAACAGAUGACGAAUAUGUGGAAGAAUAGGCGAGAUGAAAAAGAAAGAAGCUCAAGGACAAUCUAUAAGUAACACAGAAUAUCUUCGUACCUAAUCCUACGUUUGUAAUUGGCCGUGGGAUGUCUGGGAACGAAUUGACAAAAAAUCAUGGUCAUCAUUAAUGACAUCAAAUAACAUACCAUGAGCUUCUUUCUUUUAGUAUUAGGCCUGUCACUGAAUAUGCAUGCCCUGUUUAUCAUCAUAGCCUCCCGCAAUACCUUUCAGUAGAUCUUGAGAGAUGUCAAAGGCGAGCUUUACGUUUUGAACAAAGUUGGGGGAAAAUUUCAGAAGUUUUGCUGCAUAUCUUUUUAACUAAGAAUAAUAUUGUUCUUUCUAGCUUUCAUAGAUCUCCAUUGUCACUUCUAGGUUCGAUAAUUUAAACUGAAGGCUUUGAAACAAAUUAUGCUACAUAACUUAACUAAAUUAAAGCUAGAGUUAGAGAUAAUUUUGUACAAAGUGUCGAUAGUUUUGUACUCACUACAAGAAUUAAAAUGAACCAA